UGAUAUCUUUGGGUUUGACUGAAAGAUUAUGGCUGAAAAGAUUGUGGCCGGAAAAGGUCAUGGCCCGAAAAAAAAAUCAUGGCCGGAUUUGGAUUUAGGGGUUCAGCCGAUUAUUGCUUAGAGUUUAGGGGAUUGAUAAAAAUCAAGCAAAAAGGAUUUAGGGAAUUGAUAUGUAUAAUGGCCAUCAAGAUACAUAUCCGGUUAUAAAACAAACAAGGGGAUUUGAGAUUUUGAUGUGGAUAAGGGCCGAUUUGGAUCGGUAAGCACAUCGAAUGAGAUUAAGAUUUUGAUGGCCAGCUUAUUCAUCCGGCUAUACAGCCGGUAAUACGGCCAAACAAAGAUUAUGGGUUUCAAUCCUUUAGUCAAUCCGGAUUUAAGGUCGGAUCAAAAUAGGAGAAAAGGGAACCGAUUUUAAGGCUUGGUAGCUAAAAGGGGUUUAUGAUUUUCUCUAAUAUCUUUUAUAAUUUCAAAUAGUUCUUAGAAACAAGAUUCAUAUAGAUCUUAGAUUAUUAAUAAGUUUUAUAAGUUUUUAGAGAUUCUUAGAUCUUUAGAGAUUCAAAUAAUUUUAGAAUCAAGAUUCAUAUAGAUCUUAGAUUCAAGAUUAAUAUUUGUAAUAAUUUUAGAUCUAUAGAUUUUUAUAAGUUUUAUGAUUCAAAUAGAUCUAAUAAUCAGGAUUCAGAUAUGUGGUGUUCUUAGAUUUUAUGGAUAGAUUAGUUUACCUUUUAGAAAACACCAAAUUGAUCUGAAUGGACCACUGUGAGAGAGAGCUAAUCCGCGGAUGAGCUGGUUGAGAGAGAGAUGGAGGAGCUGGCCGAAAAAUCGUGAGAGGGAUAGACUUGGCCGGUGGAGCAAGGCUAAGGGCCGGAAGAGAUGGCCGGAAAAGAGAUGAUCGCCGGCGGAUGGGAUUGCUCAGGUGGAGAGAGUCUCGUGCUGAUAACGUGUUAAGAUUUGUGAGAAAAAUGUUGUAUAUUUCUUAUUGCUUACACCACUAUAUAUAGUGGUUCAUACAAGGUGGAGUCAAAGGGAGAAUUGAUUACAAAGAUACUCUACAUAAUGACAUGGUCAAACUCAUAAAGACUAAGGUUGAAUGGGUCUUCCAUGUGACUAGAUGUAAACCCCAAAUGGACUCUAGUCUUGAACUUGUAUGGUCUAGGUUAUGGACCAUCUACUUCAUGAUUCAUAACAAUAACAAUAUGUGUUUAGUUUAAAUAGACAUCUUUAAACCACCAUUAUCGUCAUCUGACUCAAACUUACCUUAUUAUAAUUCCUCUUUUAUGUAGAAAUCAGAAAUCCAUCGCCGAUGUAAAGUUUUUUGAACAAUAAAAGGAAUAAUAGUUGAAAUAGUUGACAGAAGGAAAAGUCUUCAUUUUUUUGUAUGAAGUCUUCAUUUUGUUUUUGUAUGAAGUCUUCAUUUUAUUGCUAGAAAUAAAAUCCUUCAAUUGAGAAAUAAAGCCCCCAAGUUAGACCCGUGUUGCCUAUAAAGGCAUUCCUCAAGAUAAUAGACUUUCCUCAUCUUCUCUUGUAAACCCAAUCAGAUUAUUUUCCUUUCUUUAGAAAAUGCAUUCCUCUUAUUCUUUUUCUACUUCUUCGACUUGGACAAUCUUAAUCACAUUGGCAUGUAUUAUGUUUCGUGCGUCUCUGUCCGAUGCUCAACUUACACCUACCUUUUACGACACUUCAUGUCCUAAUGUUACUAACAUCGUACGUGCCACCAUUGUCAACGAGCUAAGAUCGGACCCUCGUAUCGCCGCGAGCAUCCUUCGUCUUCACUUCCACGACUGCUUUGUCAAUGGUUGUGACGCAUCGAUCUUGUUAGACAACACGACAUCGUUCCGAACAGAGAAAGAUGCAGUCGGAAACGCAAACUCGGCUAGAGGAUUUCCUGUGAUUGAUACAAUGAAAGCCGCGGUGGAGAGGGCUUGCCCAAGAACCGUUUCAUGCGCAGAUAUGCUCACCAUCGCUGCUCAACAAUCUGUCACGUUGGCAGGAGGUCCUUCUUGGAGAGUUCCUUUGGGGAGAAGAGACAGCUUGCAAGCAUUUUUCAGUCUAUCUAAUGAUAAUCUUCCUUCUCCAUUCUUCACACUUCCAGAACUUAAAGCUAGCUUUGGAAAAGUUGGCCUCGACCGUCCUUCUGAUCUUGUUGCUCUCUCUGGGGGUCACACAUUUGGUAAAAAUCAAUGCCAGUUCAUUAUAGGCAGACUAUACAAUUUCAGCAACACCGGUUUACCUGAUCCUACCCUCAAUACUACUUACCUCCAAACUCUUCGUGGACUAUGCCCCCUUAAUGGUAACCGGAGUGCCUUGGUGGAUUUUGAUCUGCGUACCCCUACGGUUUUCGACAACAAAUACUAUGUGAAUCUCAAAGAACAGAAAGGUCUUAUCCAGACUGACCAAGAGUUGUUCUCUAGCCCCAAUGCCACAGACACAAUCCCCUUGGUGAGAGAAUAUGCUGAUGGCACACAAAAAUUCUUCGAUGCGUUUGUGGAGGCCAUGAAUAGGAUGGGCAGCAUUACACCUCUUACGGGAACUCAAGGAGAGAUCAGAUUGAAUUGUAGGGUGGUGAACUCCAACUCUCUACUCCAAGAUGUGGUUGAACUCGUUGAUUUCGUUAGCUCUAUAUGAGAAUAGUAUCUCAGUAUGUGGCUACCAAAAUAUAUUUUACGAUAAAUAAAGCGCUCUCAAGAUGUUACGUGAGAAUAUUUUAUUUUAGAUCACUAGCUGUUGUCUGUUGUACUUGAAGACUAUAUAAUAAAUAAGUUUUUCUAAGUAA